CUGUCGCUGAUGUCCCUCGUGAACAAGCUCAGAAGACCAUCUCCUCACAAAGCUCAUAGCGCGAAUGAGGCACAUACGAAAGAGUCCUUGACCAUCGUGUCACACGAGAGCCGUACGAUGGCGUUGGCUCGUGCCGCUGCAGUAAUGACUGCCCCCUCGAAGCCGCUUUCACCUGUCGUCGCGGUACCCAUUCCCAAGAUUGUGAAGCCCGUGACUCCUGCAGAGCAGUACUGGGCUGCGCGAGCUCUUACAGCGGAAGCUAUUCUGUCUGUGAAGACGCAGCACCACGAGGAGAUUAAGAUGUUGGCUGUCGUGGAGGAGACGAAACGCACCCAAGAAGUAGCACAAGUGAAUCAGAUGCAUGAGUCAAGGCAAAGAAGAUUGGAGGCCAUAGCAAUCGCACUGCUCACGGCGCUCGUCGGUCUUGUCGCUUUCCUACUGUACACACCUCAGGCAAACCGUUCUCCCGCGCGACAAUCUCGCAGUGUGCACUUCACCAUCCCUAUCCUGUCGCCGUUCGCCUCAGUGGUCGAACAUGAAUCGUCGGUAAUUGGGACGAAGAUAUUGACUGUCAUUAUUUUGGCCUCUGCCGUGCUAGCGUACGGCUGCUUCCGCUUCUGGAUGGCGCACCGUCUAGGUCGUUAAUCUCGUGGCUUGGGGGCUGGGCUCGGGUGAGUAGUGUAUUGUAUUAGCCAUGCGGGUUCAAUAUAGUCGAUAUUUAAUGCAGCUCUCAUCGCAAUCAAGAUUCCAUCUUAGCGGCAGCGAGCGAAUAGGCAUACUGCUCGUGGCGAAAGCGUCGUUUGCUGCUUGCGGUGCCCGGUUGCGACCUCGGCCGUUCUCCCAUCUGCUACCGUGCCAUCUGGGGGCGUCGUUCCAAGCACUGCAUGCUUAGCAUGUGCUCGCUUUGUUGUAUUUAUGGUCGUGGACCGAACAGUUUGCGCUGGCGAUGAGCAGGUCCAGCGCCGUCUAGAUUGAAUUUGGUCUACCCGCUUUUCUUUCCCAGCAUGUACAUUACGUCUUUAGAAGCUCUAGACUCCGCCUACCAGUUUUAAAC